AGUCUUUCAGUUCAGAGAAAGUGAAACUGAACUCUCAUCGAUCUGUGGAGUGUUUGGUGUUUCUAUCUGUGUGUGUUCAUACGGUGAAAUGGCAGAAGCGAGUAUUUCAGAGGAUCACUUCAUGUGUUCAGUGUGUCUGGAUCUACUGAAGGAUCCAGUGACUGUUCCCUGUGGACACACUUACUGUAUGAGAUGUAUCACAGACUGCUGGAAUCAAGAAGGUCAGACGAGAAUCUACAGCUGCCCUCAGUGCAGACAAACCUUCAGUCCAAGACCUGUUUUAGGAAAGAAUGUGAUGUUUGCUGAGAUGAUGGAGAAACUGAAGAAGACUAAAGUCAAAUGUGCUGUUUCUGAUCAGUGUUCCUCUGGAGCUGGAGAUGUGGAGUGUGACGUCUGUACUGGAAGAAAACACAAAGCCAUCAAAUCCUGUCUGCUGUGUCUCAACUCUUACUGUCAAACUCAUCUUGAGCAACACGAGAAUCUCUUCAGAGGUCAAAGACACAACCUGAUAGACGCCACUGCACCACUUCAUGACAUGAUCUGCCCUCAACAUGACAAGAUUCUGGAGAUUUACUGUCGCACGGAUCAGAAGCUUAUAUGUAUGCUGUGUAUGAUGGCCGAACAUAAAAACCAUGAGACGGUUUUAGCUGCAGAAGAGGGAACACACAAAGAGAGACAUUUAAAGGAGACACAAAGAAAGUUUCAGCAGAGAAUCCAGAAGAGACAGAAAGACAUUCAGGAGCUGAGAGAUGUUGUGGAGUCUCACAAGCGGUGUGCACAGACAGCAGUGGAGGACUGUGAGAUGAUGUUUACUGAACUGAUCUCAUCCAUUGAGAGAAGACGCUCUGAGGUGACACAGCUGAUCAGAGAUCAGGAGACGGCUGCAGUGAGUUCAGCUGAAGGACUCUUGGAGCGACUGAAGCAGGAGAUUGAUGAUCUGAGGAGGAGAGACGCUGAGCUGGAGAUGCUUUUACACACACAACAUCACAUCCAUUUGCUGCAGAGUUUGUCGUCUCUCUCUGCUCCUCAUGGAUCUACAGACUCUCUGUCCAGCAUCACUGUCAGCUCUCUCCUCUCUUUUGAUGAUGUCAUCACAUCUGUAUCUCAUCUGAGAGACAAACUGGAGCAUUUGUGCACACGAGAGCUAGAAAAGAUCUCUGAGAGAGGAUUAGUGUCCUCUGGUCAGAAUUUAUCAGACAGACCCUUACGGACUACAUCACUGACACAGAGUAGAGCUUCAGCUUCUAUUUCUGGUUUUGGUGAGAUGUUUAAGCCACCUGCAGGGUCAUGGACCUGUGGCACUUGCGUUGUUCGAAACAUGUCCUCAGACAAAAGAUGUAUCUCUUGUGUCUCACCACGACUCAACAUAGACUCUGACUCAGACAGUAAACCUGCAGUGGCCACAGCAAGCCUCCUUUCCCUCUUUGCCCCUACGGCUGGUAGCUGGACUUGUGACACAUGUUUGGUCAUCAACAAACCAGAAGUAGUUAAAUGUGUUUGUUGUGACACGGCCAAACCUGGAACUCAAGUCAACUCCAGCCUGAUUUUCCCUUCUCUGGCAAAAGCCUCAUCUGCUGCCUCCUCAACAACCACCACCAAUUCUUCUUCUGGGACUGGACUGCUGAGAUUUGGAGAUACAGUUAAGAAACCAGAGGAAUCUUGGGACUGUGAUCUGUGCUUGAUUCGCAACAACGCACAGGAUGUGAAAUGUGUAGCAUGUAAUAGCCCCAAACCAGGUGUGGUUCCUGAACGUUUCUUGGAGGUUGCUCAGAUAACAUUACGGGAGUUCUUCAACGCAAUUGUGUCUGGUAAAGACGUGGAUCCGUCAUGGAAGAAGGAAGUCUUUCAGUUCAGAGAAUCAGAAACUGAACUCUCAUCGAUCUGUGGAGUGUUUGGUGUUUCUAUCUGUGUGUGUUCAUACGGUGAAAUGGCAGAAGCGAGUAUUUCAGAGGAUCACUUCAUGUGUUCAGUGUGUCUGGAUCUACUGAAGGAUCCAGUGACUGUUCCCUGUGGACACACUUACUGUAUGAGAUGUAUCACAGACUGCUGGAAUCAAGAAGAUCAGACGAGAAUCUACAGCUGCCCUCAGUGCAGACAAACCUUCAGUCCAAGACCUGUUUUAGGAAAGAAUGUGAUGUUUGCUGAGAUGAUGGAGAAACUGAAGAAGACUAAAGUCAAAUGUGCUGUUUCUGAUCAGUGUUCCUCUGGAGCUGGAGAUGUGGAGUGUGACGUCUGUACUGGAAGAAAACACAAAGCCAUCAAAUCCUGUCUGCUGUGUCUCAACUCUUACUGUCAAACUCAUCUUGAGCAACACGAGAAUCUCUUCAGAGGUCAAAGACACAACCUGAUAGACGCCACUGCACCACUUCAUAACAUGAUCUGCCCUCAACAUGACAAGAUUCUGGAGAUUUACUGUCGCACAGAUCAGAAGCUUAUAUGUAUGCUGUGUAUGAUGGCCGAACAUAAAAACCAUGAGACGGUUUUAGCUGCAGAAGAGGGAACACACAAAAAGAGACAUUUAAAGGAGACAAAAAGAAAGUUUCAGCAGAGAAUCCAGAAGAGACAGAAAGACAUUCAGGAGCUGAGAGAUGCUGUGGAGUCUCACAAGCGGUGUACACAGACAGCAGUGGAGGACUGUGAGAUGAUGUUUACUGAACUGAUCUCAUCCAUUGAGAAAAGACGCUCUGAGGUGACACAGCUGAUCAGAGAUCAGGAGACGGCUGCAGUGAGUUCAGCUGAAGGACUCUUGGAGCGACUGAAGCAGGAGAUUGAUGAUCUGAGGAGGAGAGACGCUGAGCUGGAGAAGCUUUUACACACACAACAUCACAUCCAUUUGCUGCAGAGUUUGUCGUCUCUCUCUGCUCCUCAUGGAUCUACAGACUCUCUGUCCAGCAUCACUGUCAGCUCUCUCCUCUCUUUUGAUGAUGUCAUCACAUCUGUAUCUCAUCUGAGAGACAAACUGGAGCAUUUGUGCACACGAGAGCUAGAAAAGAUCUCUGAGAGAGUGAAACACACAGAGAUUAUUCACAGUCCUGAACUCAAGACCAGAGAUCAGUUCCUCCAGUAUUCUCUUCAGUUGACUCUGGAUCUAAACACAGUGAAUAAACACCUCCAUCUGUCUGAGAACAACAGAGAGAUUACACACACUUACACACAGCAUCAGUAUCCUGAUCAUCCAGACAGAUUUGAUGAUGUGUGUCAGGUGUUGUGUAGAGAGAGUGUGUGUGGACGCUCUUACUGGGAGAUUGAGUGUAAUGGUGUUUGUGUGUUUAUAUCAGUGUCAUAUAAGAGCAUCAUGAGGAAGGGAGAGGGUCAUGAGUGUGAGUUUGGAUGUAAUGAUCAGUCCAGGAGUUUGAUCUGUCGUGACUCCAGUUACUCAUUCAAACACAAUAACAAACACACUAAACUCUCUGUAGAGUCCAGAUCUAAUAGAAUAGGAGUGUAUGUGGAUGAGAAAGCAGGAAUUCUGUCCUUCUACAUCGUCUCUGACACAAUGACCCUCAUUCACAGCAUCAGCACCACAUUCACUAAACCUCUCUAUCCUGGAUUUAAUCUUACUGGUUUAGUAAACUGAAACUCUGUGAUCUAAGAAUGUAGAUAAUACAGAGAUUAAACAAAUCAAAUAAUAUAGAAAAAAUAUGUUUAUCAAAUAAUACUUUAUCUUAUUGACAUCUGGUGAUAAUUCAGUGGUUGAUGUUAAAAUGUAAAAGUCUGGAUUAAAAGUGAGCGAGUGAAUAUUUGAAGAAAAGAUUGUAAUAAUUAGACUUUAUUUUGUAAAAUUGAUGUUCAUGAUGUGAUUAUUUCCAGAGGUUUGAUUCAUUGAUGUUGUUGUGAAUGAUUGUUUCAGCACAUAUAUCAU